CGUUGUACGCUCGCUGACGUCACGCGUCGGGAAGCGUCGCGAGGUGGCUGUGUGUGGCCUCGACUCGAAAGGCCUCCCCGGAGCCGAACCUAAAGUCGGUUACCGACGCUGGCUGACUGGCUCGCUCGCCCGCCCGCCCACCGAAAAGAGAACGUUUUGUCCGCCGGCCACAACUUUCCGCUUGCGUGCUUUCAUGGGAGCCGCGCACCGAUCCGCUCUUCGCCAUUUCUGGUGAAUCCCGCCAUGUCGGGUCCUACCUGGCUGCCACCCCGGACUCUGGAUAGUCCCGAGCGAGCCGUCCCCCAGAUGGCCCACUCUGCAGGCUCGCCCGCCUACCGGGCCCCCAACAAGAAGGCCGCGCCGGACUUCCGGCCCAAAUACAACCCUUAUGACCACAACGGAGGAGGGGGCACGGCCACUCGGUACAUGGCAACCGGACCCACAGGCGGGCCCGUUCACCAUUCUCCCAGCGAUCGCUAUUUCCUGCCUCCGCACGGGCCCGCCAAGUGGAGCGGCCACGGGGGCGACGGCUACGAGCUGACCCGCCGCGGCCCCGACAAGGCUGCCGGCGGCUACCACUCCAAGAUUGACGCCGACAUUGACUCGCUCACCGCCAUGCUGGCCGACCUGGACGGUUUGCCGCAGGACUCGGGCGCGCAACUGUACGACAACGUGCCUUACAACAAAUACCUCUCGGGGGAACACUACAACGCCGUCGCGCCCCCGAGCCGGCCCACCCCGAGCUACCACCCCCAGAGCCAGUACCACCCGCCGCCGUCCCCGUACCAGCAGGACUACUACGCGCCGGCCAACUCCAAGCCGUACCCGCAGCCCGUGCCGGCGUCCUACACCACGGCCUCCACCACGAGCGGGCCCAGGUUCAGCGUGCAGGUCAAGACGGCUCAGCCCGUCACCUACUCGCAGACGGGGAGGCAGGCCGACCAGGCCUACGCGCCGCCGCCCCCUCGUCAGCACGCGCCACGCCCGCCGCCCCAGGAUUGGUACGCCGCCGCGCACGCCGCCCCGCCCCCUCAGGAGACGCACAGGGUGAGGGAGGGGGGCCAGGUGGCCUUGUCCAAAAAGGGGAUGGAAAAUCAUCAAAUGGGAGCCGCGCACAGUCCCGCUGCUGCUUACCAGUCCGGCAAGCAUGUAGCAUCCUCGACUCGUCCAGAAGAGGAGUUGGAUCGCCUCACCAAGAAGCUGGUGUACGAUAUGAACCACCCGCCCGCCGAGGAUUAUUUCGGGCGCUGCGCUCGCUGCGGCGACAACGUGGUGGGCGACGGCAGCGGCUGCAUCGCCAUGGAGCAGGUGUUCCACGUGGAGUGUUUCUCCUGCAUCACCUGCCACGCCCGGCUGCGAGGGCAGCCCUUCUACGCCCUGGACAAGAAGAGCUACUGCGAGACUUGCUACAUUAGUACACUGGAGCAAUGUUCAAAGUGCUCCAAGCCCAUUUUGGACCGCAUCCUGCGCGCCAUGGGCAAAGCGUACCAUCCUCGCUGCUUCACCUGCGUGGUGUGCAACUGCUGCUUGGACGGCGUGCCCUUCACGGUGGACGCCACCUCGCAGAUCCACUGCAUCGAGGACUUUCACAGGAAGUACGCCCCUCGCUGUUCCGUGUGCGGCGAGCCCAUCAUGCCCGAGGCGGGUCAGGAGGAGACGGUCAGGAUCGUCGCGCUUGACCGAAGCUUUCACGUCAACUGUUACAUCUGCGAGGAAUGCGGGCUCCUGCUGUCCUCAGAGGGCGAAGGUCGCGGUUGCUACCCGCUGGACGGUCACAUCCUGUGCAAGGGCUGCAGCGCCCGGCGCAUCCAGGACCUCUCGGCCAAAAUCUCCACCGACUGCUGACCGAGGCGCUGUGGCACACAACAUUUUUUUUUUUUUUUUUUAAACAUCACGCAGCUUUA